AGAGAGAGAGAGAGAGUCGCGAACUGAAUUGGAAACAGAAUGGGAAAAUGUUAGACGCUGAACGUCAGUGAUUUCAAGGACUACGAAUUCAUCAGCUAAUAAAAUAGAAAGACAUUAAGUGCAUGACUGGCCACAACUGUAAUUAUUGGUGCUUUGAAUGUAUAAGGCUCGCUCUUGUUAUAUAUGCGCGCGCGCUUAUUCCAUCUUGACAGCACACGGUAGUGGUUCCAUUGGGUUCAACUUUCACAUCUGGCUCAAUUUCUGUGCUGAUAAUUGCUUCAAUUAGGCAACUCCCUGCAUUCCAGGUGUAGGCUACAUGCAGCUAUGAGGAAUAGAGACUACAUUUUUCAAUGUCUGUUCAUCUGCCUCUCCUUGACGGUCCUCUGGCAAACGAGGCCGGUCAUUGCUGAUCCUACAACAGAUGCCUUCAAGAACAACAUCACUCUCUUCACACGGAUCCUUGACAGACUUCUAGAUGGCUAUGAUAAUCGCCUUCGACCCGGCCUUGGGGAUCGUGUAACAGAGGUGAAUACCGAUGUCUACGUCACCAGCUUUGGCCCAGUUUCAGAUACAGACAUGGAAUACACGAUAGAUGUGUUCUUCCGGCAAAGCUGGAAAGACGAGAGGUUGAAAUUCGAUGGGCCCAUGAACAUACUGCGGCUGAACAACUUGAUGGCCAGUAAAAUAUGGACUCCGGACACAUUCUUCCAUAACGGGAAGAAGUCGGUGGCUCACAACAUGACCAUGCCCAAUAAACUACUGAGGAUUCAAGACGAUGGCACCCUGCUUUACACCAUGAGGUUGACAGUUCACGCGGAGUGUCCUAUGCAUCUGGAAGAUUUCCCCAUGGACUUCCACUCAUGUCCCCUGAAGUUUGGCAGCUAUGCCUAUACAAUGUCAGAGGUGACUUACGUCUGGACCAGUAAGCCUGCCGACUCGGUGGUGGUGGAAGGAGAGAGCUCCCGUUUGAACCAGUACGACCUGCUCGGCCAAACAGUGGGCCAAGAAACCAUCAAGUCCAGCACAGGCGAAUACACUGUCAUGACGGCACAUUUCCAUUUGAAGCGGAAGAUUGGCUACUUUGUGAUCCAGACCUAUCUACCAUGCAUCAUGACCGUCAUCCUCUCCCAAGUGUCCUUCUGGCUGAACAGAGAGUCGGUGCCAGCUAGGACUGUGUUUGGUGUAACCACUGUGCUGACAAUGACCACCCUGAGUAUAAGUGCUCGUAACUCCCUCCCCAAGGUGGCCUACGCCACGGCCAUGGACUGGUUCAUCGCUGUCUGCUACGCCUUCGUCUUCUCCGCCCUCAUUGAGUUUGCCACCGUCAACUACUUCACCAAGCGCGGCUGGGCCUGGGAUGGGAAGAGCAUUGUGAAUGACAAGAAAAAAGAGAAGGCCUCCGCCAUGAAGAAGAACAACGCGUACGCCGUGGCGGUGGCCAACUAUGAGCCCAACAUCACCAAAGACUCUGGUUUGUCCACCAUCGCCAAGGGCAGCGCCGCUGACCCCAACAUGGCGGUUGGCAAGGUGGGCCCAAAGAAGACUUUCAACAGUGUGAGCAAAAUCGAUAGGAUUUCGAGGAUUAUGUUCCCGGUCCUGUUUAGCAGCUUCAACUUAGUCUACUGGGCCACAUACUUAAACAGAGAACCUUAUAUAAAGGAUAUGGUGCCCUCAACAUAGAGGCCUCUCCCUCCUGCAUUGUAAUAUAUCCGAAUUACGGGACUAAAAGACUUAGCAAAUACGACUAGUAUCUGCUAACUCUUGGUUCGUUGGUACAAGACAGCCAAGCCCUGGAUUGCUUUGUGUCCCUCUCUUUCCUGUUUUUUCUACACCACUUUCUGCAGUGCUUUUGGAAAGAACUGGCCUUUAUAAAUAUAAAUGUAUAAUCAUGACUUUUGUGUGUUUCGUGAUAUAAUCAGUGAACAAUACAUACAUUUUUUGUGCUUCUGUUUUAUUGACCAUUGAUGGCUCCAUGUUUGAAAAGUUUAUGAAAAGAACCUCGAGAAGUUUAUUUAAGUCCAAAAGUUUUUGAAAUUCUUUCUUUUGUGUGUUUUGUUUGUGGGCUAACUAUGUAAUAUUUCUCAUCGACCAGUGAUUUCUCAAUUAUGUAUAAAAUGAUAUUUUGCUAUACAAACCAAUGCAAAAAAAGAUUUUAAAAAAUUUCAAUGCUUUUGUUUUAUUGCAAUGUAGUAUAUUAUUUUGUUAAACAAAAUAUCAACAUAAGCAAAACAAACAAUGUUUUUUUUGUGUGCCGUUUUACCAUACUGUGUAAUGAUUGAUUAAUAUAUAUUUUUUUGCCAGUAAAAAAACCAUUUACCCACAGUACAUACAUUAAAAAAAACAUG